AUGUCUUUCUUAACUCGUACCCUUCCUCGUUCCUUGGCUGCGAGCCAGCGUAUGGCCGUCCAGUCCAGAGCCUUCACAGUGAGCAGUGCGCGAAUGUUGAAGGAGGAUGACCGACACAAUGAUGAUCAAGGCGCCGCCAAUGAGCACCACAAGCAAGAUCAAUUGAAGAAGCAAAAGGAAGGAAAGGGUCAUUGGAAGCCCGAGUUGGCCUCUAACAGCGAGGAAGCUAUCGCAGCCGAUAGGAACAACAAGGAUGAAUCUCCCGAGGAAUUGCAGAAAAGAACACAACAUCAUGCUGCCGAAAAACACAAGUAG